AUGACCGAGGGGGCGGCUCGGCCCAGGCCACCGCCGCCCCGCAAGCCCGACUCUUUAGCGCUCGCCUGGCCUCGCUGGGAGGACCCACCACCACCUGCACCUGACACGCAGAGACCCACGCCUGCACAACUUAAAGACUUCGAUGGCUUUAGUCCAUACACGCCGCCGAAUCCGAUUCAAAACGACCGGCGUCCGCGACGACCUCAGAGUGUUGUCUCCCCGAGACCUCCAGUGAAUCACUUGGCGCGGAGGCCACACUCCAUAGGCUCGGUGGACGAUGAGUGGGGCCCGGUGCCGCUGCUGCAGCCGGUGCCGCGCCGUCCGCGGCCCAUGCCUGGCUCCAUGUCCACGCUGCCGCGCGCGACCUUACUGCCGUCCUCCCGAAGUGACUAUCAGUUACAAAGACCAGCGAUUAUGACAAACGGUUACGGCGCCGUGCCGCCGUCCACGUCGCGCCGUUUAUCUUUGCCUGGUGGUGUACAAAACCCUCCAAAAACGUCGGCUACCUUCCACGGCCUGUCUGCCUUGAUGGGCCCGUACCCCACGCUGGGCACGCCAUGCACGCCGAGCACGCCAGCAGCUGUGCGCGAGGCGGUGCGACACCUCCUGCAACAGCCUCGCAAUGGAUUUCCUAUUAUGGAUCAGAAGCUGUCAUUAUUCAUCGAAAUCCUGGAUGCUCAGGAACGAUUCUCACAGACUCGAAUAUCCUAA